CUUUUAUUUUGAAGGUCGUGGCAGGAAUUUUAUUCUUUGUCUUAUCUACUGGACAUUGACCCCACCAUUUACAAUCACCGACUUCGCCUCAACUUUUUGAGCCCUACAAAACCUUUCAGAUUGUUUCCUCUCUCAUAGUAAAAAUCGGAAAACACCACGAUGGCAAAUGAAGCCAAGCCAUGUCCCUGUGAUAUUGGUGAUCGGAUGGACUAUGGAGGGCUCGGCCAGGAGGUCCAGAUAGAGCACACCAAAGCAUAUGUAGUGAAACCAUCCACUGCUUCUGACAAGGCAAUCAUUGUCAUACAAGACAUAUAUGGGUGGCAGCUUCCCAACACAAGAUACAUGGCCGAUAUGCUGGCUGCCAAUGGAUACAUUGCUGUUUGUCCAGACUUCUACGUUGGAAAGGAGCCAUGGAGUCCAUCACACGACUGGUCAAAAUUUCAGGAGUGGCUUGAAGACAAAAAGCCAACCAACAUAAACAAAGAGGUGGAUGCAGUGCUGAGUUUCCUGAAGGAGCAGUGUGGGGCCAAACACAUUGGAGCAGUGGGCUUCUGCUGGGGAGGGGUUGCCACACAUUACCUUGCCCUGCACUAUCCAGAGAUCAAAGCUGGAGUGUCAGUCUACGGGAUUGUUCGUGAAAGAGAAGACAGGUAUGAGCUGAAGGGUCCUACGCUGUUCAUCUUUGGGGAGAAAGAUGAGGUUAUCCCACUGGACCAGGUGAGUGUCCUUGAAGCAAAGCUUAAGGAGAAGUGCACAGUGGAUUACCAGGUGAAGAUCUUUCCUGGUCAGACUCAUGGGUUUGUCCACCGCAGGAGUGAGGACAUCAACCCAACAGACAAACCCAGCAUCCAGGAGGCCAGGACAGACAUGCUCAACUGGCUCAACAAGUACAUGUAAAUGAGAAGGUCAAAAAAUUCAGCACAGGGAUUAAGAGCCAGUUACACACAGCAUUAGAGUUGCAAAUGGUACUUUUACCGGUUGUCUUCCAAAUGUUUUUUGUAGGUUUCAUUUUAGAGAUCUGGGUGUUCACGUAUGGACCUGUGGAUACUGAGGAAAUGCGAAUUUUAAUUGUGGAGCCAAACCUAUUUAGCACUUUUGCCUUGUGCCAAAUAUAUAUGGAUGCAGUAUGUUGUCUUAAUGUAAGAAUUCAAGUAAUAAAUAACAUUCAUGGUA